AUGGUCUUAAACAAGCUAGCUGUCAAUGGACAAGCAAAUCAUUCUCUCUUCACUUUACAAAAGGGUGAUGAGUUUACUGCUUUAUUAGUCUAUGUUGAUGAUGUUGUUUUUGUGGUACAACAGUUGAGCCAGUUUGUAGCUCAUCCUUUGGAUUCUCAUCAACACGCAGCUCAUCGUGUUUUGAGGUAUCUCAAAGGUGCACCAGCUUUGGGAUUGUUCUUUUCUCCUCAAAACUCCAUUCAAAUUCGCGAUUUUGCAAACUCUGAUUGGGCUUGUUUCCCAGAUACUCGACGUUCUAUCUCCGGUCAAUGUGUAUUCAUAGGAUCUUCCUUAGUUGCUUGGCGCUCCAAGAAGCAAAUGACAGUUUCAUGUUCUUCUUCUGAGGCAGAGUAUAGAGCUCUUGCUGGGUUAUCUUCAUUUCAUGAUCAUUCAAAACACAUUGAACUUGAUUGUCAUGUCACCCGCGAGAAAGUUCUUUCUGGUUUGAUACAUCUUCUUCCUGUUCCUUUAGCAGCACAGGUAGCUGACAUUUUUACCAAGUCACUUCCUUAA